AUGACAGCUCACAUUCAUCCUCGUGCUCUCCAAAACUCCUUUGGCUCUCACUCGGGAUCGGUGGGAGAUAUUGGCUUGGUCUUCGAUAAGACCGACACAUGUUCACCACUGGAAAACUGGCCUGAUCAUGCCGUCGACCCCGAUGGCAAGUUGUAUAAGAAUUUGCGAGUGCAUUACCUAAACCUGGACCGGAAACACAUCGAUGAGAUUGAAAAGGCUCUUUCCAGGUUCAAAGAACUGGGGCUGGACGGAGAUGAGAUCAGUCGUGAGAAUUUUGUCUUGCCGGCGAUUGGUCCUUGGCUGGAACGUUGUGCUAUUGAGCUGCAUCGUGGCCAUGGGGUAGUCAUAAUUAGAGGCCUUGACUCGACAAUGUACUCUGAUGAGGACAACACGAUGAUACAGCUUGGUGUUGGAGAUUAUCUAGGCCAGAAACGAGGUGUACAAAGCUCGAAGGGGGCCAUGUUGUCACACAUUGUUCAGAAGAAGUCUUGGACGACACCGCCCGAGAGAAGACAUGGCAUACACACAAACGUGUCUUUGCCAUUUCACACUGAUAUGGGAACCGAUAUCCUUGCACUCCAGGUUCGGCAAUGUGCCAAGGUCGGUGGAGAAACCUGUGUGUCUGCAGUUCGUGCAAUCUAUAAUGAUCUCAUGGAGAACCAUCCACUGGUUGUACAAGCACUUGCUCAGGCGGAGUGGCCCGUGAGAAGGUUGAAGUUGCAAGUCAUUGACAGACUGGAUUACAGUAGUACCAAGGGAUUCAUUCGAUGCCCCCUCUUGACAUAUCAUCGAGGCAACCUGAUGUUCUCUAUGGACCCUGCACGACUGGGACCACGCGAGGGAAACAGAGCGCCACCACUUACUGGUGAGCAGGAGGCGGCUUUGAUGAUCCUCCAGACUGUGGCUCGUAAACACCAAGUGAAGCUUGACCAUCGCGCUGGCGAUCUGGUCUUUCUGAACAACUACACAGUUCUUCAUGCUAGAGAAGCUUACCAAGACGGUGAAUCAACAUCCCGGCAUCUCGUCAGACUUUGGCUGCACAACCCGACGCUUGGGCUAUCCAUUCCUGAUGGCUUUCACUUGAUCUGGGAUUGCACUUUUGGCGAGAGGUCAAAGAAAAUCAUCAAUCACAGUUAUCCGGUGAUACCAAUGCCUUUGUAUAUUGAGAGCAAGGUAGGUUGA